GAGCCGACAUAGUACGAGGGCCGCGAAAAUUAUUUCGGUUCGAGGGCAGUGAGAGACCGAUCCGACGCGUCAUAACAACGUGCGAAGAACGAACGCGAGGCCGUAACGUAGUGCACGCACGGUCUAAACAAACGCGUCUCGACACCGUACGGGCGUGAUCAGGACAAGAUCGAAUCCCGCAACCGACGUCCAGAACUUCGGCACCAUAGGUCCGAAAGUGCGAGGCGGAAAGAAAAACAGUCGUAUGUCGACGGUGACGCAUACCCCAGCGAGGAUCCGCACCAGGUCGCAGCAGCGGCCGGACAACGACGAAGAUCACCAGGGUGACGACCCAUAUAACGUACCACAAAAUACCGAGAGUCAUAACGACCUCGACGAAUUGAUACCGUUGGACAGAAUAGUCCCGGCGGAUGAGCAGCUGCAACAGCAAUACGAGGCGAUUAACCUCAGUGCGGAGAAAACAAUGGACACUCCCACGGAAAACGAGCGUAAGCUCCUUGCGCAAGUGCAAGAAUUAACGGCGCAGCUAAUGGAGAUACAACGGGCCGCGAAGCAGCAGCAAAGACAAGAUUCCGUCGUAACACUGAAUACGGAUUGUGGUCCGGCGGGCGAAAAGGCCGCAGAAAAAACGGGCUCACAGGCGUACGGCGACGAGGAUCAGUUCAACGCGGGAAGACUGCAGAUGGUACCGAUCCAAGCGAGACUGCCGAGAGGAGGAUGGAUCAAGAGUCCGUUCGACGAUUUGACGUUUAUAGGGAAAACGGAUAAACAAAACCCUAUCAGAUUCCUCGAGAAAUUCGAGAAGCUAGCCAAAUAUGAAGGUGUAUCCGAAGAGGAACAGAUGUUCUAUUUCGGUAAAUGCAUGCGGGGAGCAGCGAGCCAGCGGCACGAGUUGCAGCUGGCGGAGAGCAUAGAAGAAAUCAAGGACAAGUUCCGACAGUACUUCUGGGGCUGCCAGGCGCAGAUGCGCUUUAGACAACAAAUCUAUUUUGGUAAAUAUAAGCCUGGAACAAUGUCGAUGACAGAAUAUGCCUUGAAUAUGGCGCGUCAAGCGAAAACCUUACGACCGCCGAUGACCGACGAGGAGUUGGUGCAGACGCUCCGCGAGCACUUUGACGGUGACGUCGCGCGAGAACUCAGGCCGUCAAUAGCAAAAACGGUCACCGACAUGAUAGACAUGUUGGACACGUUGGAAAACGAGCGAGAAACUCGACGUUUGCGCGGGGAAGCGCGAAGAACCAGUGAUAAGCCGACAAGUCGAGCGACUAAUGGGUCGAGUCAGACGGCCAACCGAAGCGACGAGACGAAGGAUGGCGGACGCCAAAACAAUUUUGCCAGACGCGACGCGACGAGAAACUCGCCGCAAACAAAGUCGACCAGCUGGCGAAAGGCUGACACUCCGGAUACGAGAAAGCGCGGUGACGUCGACAUAAUCGAAGAGCCCGACAGCGACGACAGUCAGGCGAAACCACGGGUGACUCGGUAUACCCGGGACGGGAAUAACAAUCCGAGGAAGGAGACAGUCAGAUCGGGAUACCGACCUGACACGCGAACGACGAGGCCGGGUGAACGCGGACAAAAGUUAGCGGCCAUCACGGCGAAGGAGACGGAGAGAGAAGCGGAGAACACGGUGGAAGAGACCGCCGAAUCGGAGGAGUCCGACAAGGAAUGCUGUCUCAUACAGCACGAGGCGCCCAACCGAGCGCCGUCCGAGGAAAAGAUCGAUGACAUCAUCGAUGAAAUCGGACGGAAACUCAUAGCGGCGGGUCAGGAGACCGUGGAGUGUGACGACGUACCGAUGAUCGAAUUCGAAUAUUGCGCGGGUAAAGUAAAAGCGGUGGUGGACACCGGAUCCCAAAUAACGGCGAUGACCAAACAACUGCGCGAACAGUUGGAAAAAUCAGGCGAGCCGAUCAAGAAAGUUCCGACUAGGCUGUUCAAGCUGAAGGGAGCGUUCUCAAACGAAGGAGUCCCGAUACGCGACCAAGUGCAAGUGGGGUUUCGAUACGAGCGGAAAAUCUACGAGCAUCGGUACUACGUCGUAGACGAGUUAGCCUACGACAUAGUGCUAGGAAUGGACUUCCAUACCAAAUUCUGCAUGAAGCUGGUGUGCCACCCGCGAACGGAAGUGAGAUUCCUGCGAUCGGGCAGAAGCUAUGAAGACGGGUGUGUGGAAAAGGCCUAUCGCCUAUUGCGCGAGAUGACACACCAGAUGAUCCUGAGUGUGGAACGAGCGCCGGGAUACAAGAGGCCGGUGCGCGGAAGAGCGGAACCAUUCUUGGCGAUUAUGGAAUUGGCGGGCCGACUAACGACAAAGGUAGGAGAGUUGGCCGAGGAGUACGGAUUCACCGGCGCGAGAACGUCGAGAAGGACGUUAUUCCCGAAUGACGGGGAGUCGGAGCGCGCCGGCGAUAACGGCGAGAAUGACGGGGAGCCGGGGAGCGAAAGCAUCGCCACGAUGCAAGUGAUAUGCCGCAACCCGGAAGACAGCCAAGACGAAGAGAUAGGCCCGGUCAUUCUGAACGAGGUGAUGCUAAUCCCGUUGGCGCCCGAGCGUCCGGCGGACGGCGAGGAGGCAUCUGUGGAAGAUACGAGAAAUACAUCAGCGAGCAUGGAAACCUCCAUCGAAAUUCUGUAUGAGAGAUCCCCGACGCUCAGACCGAUGCAGGGACGGAUAAGAAGACGCUGGGGAGUACGACGGUCGACACGGAAGAGAACGAGUACACAACAUCGGAAGACCAAGAAGAAAGCGACCGGGGUGCAGAAACGUUGGCGGAUAUCUCAGUUCGUGAGGAAUCAACGUCGGAAGAGGCAUCGAGUGAUCCGGGGCCAAGUCGAGGAUGAGGACGUGGCCCGCAGGGAGAAACGACGGGAGCGCGACCGGAAGAGGAGGCGCCAGAAGGAGGAGAGUCAGCGUGUGGAGAAGC